CUACAAACCAACAACAAAAAGACAACCCAAUUUUAAAAUGGGUCGGGGCGAGAAUCGCGGCGGGUGGCGGGUCUGAGUCGCGGCCGGGAGAACUCGUUCGGUCCUCCUUAAGCGGGAGGCGGCGGGGAGCUCUGGGCGGGGCUCUGCGGCUCCGCCCUCGGGUGGCCUUUUCCUUAGAAGGCGAAGCCCCAGGCCUCGCCUCUCACCGGCUGGGAGUUGCGCGGUGGGUCCCGCCGCCCUCGCCCCUGACGCCGCGGGCCAGAGCCUCUGGGAGCGCGGGAACUCCGCGGACCUGGCACUUCGGGCUCGGGCGGACACCCGGGGGCGCCGGCCGGGGCGCGCGCCGUCGUUCGUGUGAGUGGAAGGAUCGAGAUCCUCCUGAAGCCAGAACGCCUCGCCAGCCCCGCGCUCUCGACAUGCGGCGGCAGAGGUGCAGCGGCCCUCGUCCGCGUCCCCGCCAUGGAGGUGCUGCGGCGCUCCUCAGUACUCGCCGCGGAGAUUAUGGACGCCUUUGACCGCUCGCCCACCGACAAGGAGCUGGUGGCCCAGGCCAAGGCGCUGGGCAGGGAGUUUGUGCACGCGCGGCUGCUGCGCGCCGGCCUCUCCUGGAGCACGCCUGAGCGCGCUGCGUUGGUCCCUGGCGGCCGCCUGGCAGAGGUGUGCGCAGUGCUGCUGCGCUUGGGGGAUGAGCUGGAGCUGAUACGGCCUGGCGUCUACCGCAACGUGGCUCGCCAGCUGCACAUCUCACUCCAGUCUGAGCCCGUGGUGACCGACGCAUUUCUGGCUGUGGCAGGCCACAUAUUCUCUGCAGGCAUCACUUGGGGCAAGGUGGUGUCCUUGUAUGCAGUGGCUGCGGCGCUGGCUGUGGACUGUGUGCGGCAGGCUCAGCCUGCCAUAGUCCAUGCCCUUGUUGACUGCUUGGGGGAAUUCGUGCGCAAGACCCUGGCAGUCUGGCUGCGGAGGCGCGGCGGAUGGACGUUCUAAAGUGUGUGGUCAGUACGGACCCAGGCCUCCGCUCCCACUGGCUUGUGGCCACGCUCUGCAGCUUCGGCCGCUUCCUGAAGGCUGCCUUCUUCGUGCUGUUGCCAGAGAGAUGAGCUGCCCCUAGGCCUCUGGGUGCAACACAGGAGGCCCCCAGUGCCUGGAACCUGACCCUCGGCCCAUCCCUGCAGACCCUCUGGGAGGGGUGAGUGGAGAAGAGCUCCCCUGAGUCUGGAGCUGGCUUCAGGGCCAGCCCAUGGCCCUCUCCUCACUCCCCUUCUCCUGGAACUCCCAUGUCUCCCCUUUUCUUUCUGGGACCAGAAAAUUGGGGUCAACUCCCAGGCCCCAAUGGAAGGAGCCUGGGCAUGCCAUGCUCUCACUUGACAACUUGCGGCCCCUCCCAGGAUACAUCCAAUUUAAAGACAAGUUUAGCCUGGAACUAAACUUGUUCCAGGAAAGCUGGUGGGACUUACCCUGUAAACACAGCAAAGAAGGAAUUAAGCUGGCUGCUUAAUUCCAUCUUUGGAAGGAGUGUGACCCCCACCGGUGACAGGGUCUUUCUGUGGUGGGGACCAGGCUGUGGGGCUCUGUGCUGAUGCUUCUGACCAGUGAAUGGGAAACCCUGUGGAUGAGAACGAGUCUACACGACUCUGCGGGGGUGAGUGUGAGCCCAGCAGCUUCCCUUGUGCUUAUCCUCACACGACCAUGCAGGGACCUGUUGGGGUCGCCAAAGGACUCAUGGCUGGUAACCCAGCCCCUUGGGGAGCACAGGAGACCCCAAGCCACCCUAGCAGCCUUCCCUGAGCCCUAGGUGGGCAUGGCACUCAAGCAGUGGCUGUUCCCCUAUAGCUCACCAUGGUUGGGCCCUGGAAUGCAGCCUGGCCUGGCAGCUGGCCUCCCCACACUGCCAGGCUGCGUGCUAGGGAGGGCUGUGCAGGAAGUCAGCCCCAGGUGCAGGUGGAGCUUAAGGGUAGAGGCUGGUAAUAAACCCAGUAGAACAUUUUCAUUUUAGACUAAGUACCUCUCUAGUAUAAGGCUUCUACCUGGAAAUUGGAAAAGGGGUGGAGGGUUUGCAGGAAAAUAAUCAGGUGGGGAGCAGGGGUUGGAGAUGGGCUUCCCCAGUCUACAGGUGAAAGGCAUCUGCCUGUCACCAGUGACAGGCAGAGUGCAAAGCCCCACCCCCCGCAUCAUGCAGCUCUGGGGAGGACCCAGCACUGCCAUUGGGGCUCCUGGUUAAGUGCUCAGAAAAGGCAGAGUUUGGAGUGGCUCAGAACUCUGGUUAAGCUAGGGUAUAGUGGGACUCCUGGUCCUAAAUGCAGUGGGUGAAUUAGAAAGGGUGAGCUCAGUGGUUAGGGUGCCGGCCAUAUGCACUGGGGUUGGUGGGUUUGAACCCGGCCUAGGCCUGCUAAACAAUGAUAACAACAACAAAAAAAUAGCCAUGGCUUGGCGCCUGUAGCACAGUGGUUACAGCAUCAGCCAUAUACACGGAGGCUGGUGGGUUAGAACCCAGCCCAGGCGAGCUAAACAAUGACAACUGAAACAAAAAAUAGCCAGGUAUUGUAGUGGGUACCUGUAGUCCCAGCUACUUGGGAGGCUGAGGCAAGAGAAUUGCUUAUGCCCAAGAGUUUGAGGUUGCUGUGAGCUGUGAUACCACUGCACUCUAGCGAGGGCAACAUAAUAAAACUCUGUCUCAAAAGAAAAAAAGGGUGAACUCAGAAAUUCAGAUUCCCAGCUCCAGUGCCACAUGAAUAACCGGAAAAUUGCUAGAUCUUCCCUGAGGGAAACUCAUCUUGAGCUGCAGGGUUGAGUGUGGAAAAUCAAACCUAGAUCUCUGAGUGGCUGGUGACAAGCUGGACUCCCAGCCUCACAGUGUCCACUGCUAAUGUGGGGGUACCGACAGAGGAGGAAAGGGGUCCCGCUAUCAGGGUGCAUGUGUAAGAAGAGCCAGCUGGAGGUGUAGACCGGCCUCUCUGCUCCAGCCAAGGAGCCCAGCCUUGUACUACCUGAGGAAGUUCGUGGUGAGGCCCACCCACCCCUGCUCUGGAACUGUAACCAGACUCAGGCUAUUGUGACCUGCACCCCAAGAGAACUCUGGUUUUCAGUUUAUACAGAGUCCUGGGAACGUGAGGGGAUUCAUGCUGAGGUUGUGGGGGAACAGUGGAAUGAACAAAGAAUUGCAUCAGGCUGAACAAACUGAUAUGGACUCACACACAGAGUUUCUGCAUUUAAUGUUGCAGCUGGUGGAGGUUAGGAGGGCUCUAAAUGGUUGGCAGAAACAUGGGCCAAAAUGUGGCCCAUCAGGGACAGAAUGGAAAUGCCUGGUCUCCCUUGGCUCAGAGCAGUGAUUUUCAACCAGUGUGCUGUGAAAACUUUUAAAGAUGAUUAAUUAGGGUGGCACCUGUGGCUCAAAGGGGUAGGGCGCUGGCCCCAUAUGCCAGAGGUGGCUGGUUCAUACCCAGCCCUGGCCAAAACUGCAAAAAAAAUUAAUUAAUUAAUUACAUUAAAAUAAAUAAAAAUAAAAAGAAAGUAGAUACCAUUUAAAAAAAUGAUUAUUUUUGAAAGAUGUUCAAAGCACAGUAAGUAUAUUCUUUCUUUUACUUUUUUCUUGAUCAGCAUAAUUUAAGUGUGUUGCAGAAGUUUAACUAUAGGUUCAAAUGUGCUGUGAAAUAAAAGGUUGAAACACUGGCCUAGAGGAAGGGAUUCAAAGGCUUAGGGAGAUUGGAAUACUAGAGUGAAUGUCUCCAUCCCUUUGUAGCCCUCCCUCUCCUCCCCCUGCAAGGCCUCCCCUCUCCCUCCUCUCCCUGCAGGCCUCUCCUUCCCCCCUUCCCCCCCUUCCCCCUGCAGCCCUUCUUCCAGUGCAGCGCUCCCCCUUCCUUUUUCCCUAUGGCGCUGCUUUUUCCUCUUAAAUCUGCAGCCCUCCUCCUGCCAGGCCAUUCUCAUCAUCUCUCAGAACCCAGCCCUCACAUCAGAGACCCUCCUUGACAAGGAGGUUUCUGGGGAGAGCGCCAGGCCCAGGAAUCUGGGUCAGAAGGACCUCAUGCGUGACAUGGGAAGUGAGUGCCAGAUCCUGACAGGGCCACUGCCCUCAGCUGUUUCCCUUUUGCACAGUGAUGCUCUGGACACCGGUGGCCAAAUCUAGUAUGAUGUGGUGUGAAGUAUGGGGUGUUUUGGGGAUCUCCUACCCGUCUGAUGUAGGCUGCCUCCCACCACCAGAGAGCUCACGUGCACACUCCCCCAGGUGCACACUCAUGCCUGCUCUCGUGUACCAGAACAAAUGCCAGGUUGCUCCACAGCUCUGUCCUCACUGUCCAGUACAUCUUGACCCUUUUCACUUUUGCCUCCCAUAUGCCGUCUGUCCCUCUGGGCAAGGCUUGCCUUGGGGCUGGGCUUCCUGCCUGCUUUCUUUUUUUUUUUUUUUGAGACAGAAUCUCACUUGUCACCCUUGGUAGAGUGCCGUAGCAUCAUAACUCGCAGCAACCUCAAAAUCUUGGGCUCAAGCGAUUGUCUUGCUGUAGCCUCCCGGGUAGCUGGGACUACAGGCGCCUGGCAGAAUGCCCACUACUUUUUGAGACAGGAUCUGGCUCUUGCUCGGGCUAGUCUCAAACCCAUGAGCUCAGGCAAUCCACCUGUUCAGCUUCCCAGAGUGCUGGGAUCACAGGCGUGAGCCACCAUGCCCGGCCUCCCAGAAUGCUAGGAUUACAUGCGCCCAGCCUGGCUUCCUGCUUUCUUACACAGGGACAUUCUCCUCCCAAAGCCUGUUUGAUGCUGGGUCAGGCCACAGGGCAAUCAGUGCUGAAAGGUGGGCACAUGGCCUCUCUCAGCCUCAUUUUCCCCCUCCAUACAAGAUGGAAUUGAGGUGAUGUCUUAUAGGCUUGCCCUCCUGUCCAGUCUCCUGUGAGCUGGAGCCCAGUGGACAGGCCCCUGUGCACCUGUCCUCACCCUGUUGUCUCCCCCACCGCCUGCCUCUACCCUGCUGCCUCCUUCCUUCAAAGCCCUUCCUGCUCCAGUCAAGGUGCCCAGCCCCAGGUCAGCAGGAGGUGGGAGGGAAAGGAGGGAGCAGCAAAGGUGGGGGGGGAAUGGGGGAGGUGGGGGAAGGGCGGCACAGCUGCCCUGUGAGCUCCCAUCAGAUGAUGGUGUAUUUCCAGCACAAGAAAGCAAGUUACAAACACAGAAGCAGAAAAGCAGCAGGAUAUGAAGCAGCAGAGGCCAGUGGUCUGCAGCAUCAGCUGGGAGAUAAAUGGAGGAAAUGACCCAUUUCUAAUAGCAACAAAAAGAUACAAUCCCUAGAUGUGAGGAACACUUAAAUGUACCUUAAAGACACUAAAGUGUCCCCCAAAAGUCCAGGUCGUAGAAACUUGGUUCCCAAGACAAUGGUGCUGAGGUGGGGCCCUUGGGAGGCGGCUGGACCUGAGAAUGGAGUAAUUCACAGGGAUUGGGCUGGUACCCAUAGGGAGGGUCUCUCCAGGCUCCUGGCCCUGGGACCCUGGCACUACUGGGGAGAGUUCUCACCAUCAAGAAAGCCGGCACCAGAUGCAGCCUGCAUCCUGUGGGUCCCAAUCUCUAGAAGUGUUAAAUAACUUUCUUUCCUUUAUAAAUUACCUAGUCUGUGGUGUUCAGUGAUAGCAACAGAAGACAAACGAUACCAUGCUCUGGAUGAGAAAACUAUGUCAUAAAGAAGACGGUCUCCAUAUGUAGUAUUUAUAAAUUUAAUAUAACCCUUAUAAAAAUACCCUGGAUCUAAAUAAGCUAAUCAUAAAGUUCACAGGAAAGAGACGGCAGAGUGCACACUUAAGAAUGCAGAAAGUAGCCAGGAAACCCCUGGAAAAGGGAGGAACUAGUACCGCCUCCCACUGAACCACUGCCUGAGUCUCUGUCAUUGAACUGUAGCCUGGGAUACAGGAAAUCCAGACAAAGACUCUAAUGCCCAGAAAAUUAAGUCUGUGAGAAAGGUGGUCUCCUCCUCCUCAGGGAGGAGAAGAUGGCACUGCUAGUAAAUGUUGAGACAACUGUUAACCCCUUGGAAAAGACGAAAAUGGAUCUGUACUCCAUAUCACACGAAGACAAAUUCCAAAUGCAUUGAAGGCUAAAUAUAUGAGAAAAAGUACUAGAAAAAAUAGUGAAUUAUGUUGUUACCAGGAAGUGGGCAAAAUCUUCCUAAAUGUGAUUUAAAACCCAGUAACAAUAAAAGACAAAAUAUAAACUGGAAAACAAUGUCUAUAAAAUUGAAUGUUU